UUUAGACCAGAGACACUGAACAGACAGUUUAUUUCCAGUCAGACAUGAGAAAGAUGUAGCUAUCUUAAUAGGUGGACGAGUAAAUCACUUUUAAAUUAAAAACAUUGUUUUAUUUGACUGAAAAUGUCAUGUUGUAAAUAGGCUUCACUCGGUAGUUAGUGCGCAUGUGUCGAAUGGGUCAAUUCGCGCUCACGAUUUUUGUGGACAGAGCAGAACGCGGAAAGCGAAGCACGUUAUACCUGAGCGUUUCUGUUAAGUAGCUUAACGGAAGACCUUUUUGUGUACCAUAGGAAACCGCUCUUAGCACUCAACAUUUGCCACCCACUUUUCUAGCAUUAAAAGUCACGUGACUUGGUUGGUUUCCUCAGUAUCCUGAAUCACUGCUGUCAUUCACUUUAGAUGUGAGCAGAAGCGGCAUCAGUAUGAGGAGCCCUUCCUUCAUUUUCUGGGUUUUAUUACUCGUGGACGUUUCUCCAUCUGGUUAUGUCAAAACCAAUGAAGAAGAAAACAUGCCGCAGAUAGAGAAAUAUUCUGACAUGAAUGUGUUUGUUGCUGUGGGAGAUGGAGUAAAGACGCUGAUAGUGAUGGAGGGAGAUUCUGUCACUUUAAACACUAGUGUUACUGAAAUAAAAACAUAUGAUACGAUAUCGUGGAUGUUUGGAAAAGAGUGUAUCGUUGAAAUGAAUGAAGCAGCUGGAAGAUUCUUUAUAUCUAAGGGUGAGAGAUUCAGAGAUAGACUGGCGCUGGACAAUCAAACUGGAUCUCUCACUAUCAAAAACAUCAGAACUGAACACACUGGAGAUUAUCAGCUACAUAUCCGUAGCAAAAGUGAAACAACAAAGAGAUUCAGUGUUACUGUCCGUGAUGAAGUGAUGUCAGUGUCAUUGAUGGAGGGAGAUUCUGUCACUCUUCAGACUGGUGUUGCUAAAACAGAGAGAGAUGAUCAGAUACUGUGGAAGUUUGGAAACCAAGGCGUCCUCAUUGCCAACUUAAAUGGCAUUAUAGAUGCAAAAUGGAAAAAUGUGAUCAAACUGAAUGAUCAUACUGGAGAUCUCACCAUUAGAAACAUCCAAAUCCAACACUCUGGAGACUAUGAUUUGGAGAUCAACAACAGCACCACCAUCUUACACAGGAAGUUCAAUAUUGCGGUUAGUGACCUCCCUGAGAAUUCACAUUGGAACACAACUGGUCCAGUGUUAGCAGCCGUGCUCGUGAUCGUAAUUGCGAUCGCGUUCAUAAUCUGUCUUAUGGUCAAGACGGGUAAGAUUGAAGUAUCCUGGUGCCACAAGAAUGUGACCCCGAGGACAACCACACCAACAAAGAGAGAAGAUGCAAACCGCACAGAGAAAACCUCCUCGCUCUUAAACACAGCAGACAGUGCUAAUAACUGAGCUACUGUGUCAAGUAUAUGAUGGUGGUACAGACUCAUCGAAUGAUGCAAUGCAGGAAUUGAACAGAGAUGCUCAACAGCAGUAGUUCAUAGUUGGUACACAUUAAUAGCGUUUGAAAAUCAACCAUUCUAAAAUGAGUUAAGGCUUUUAUUUGAUUUGGCAUGAAUAGCAUUAGUAGAGAAACAUGCUUUCAUCUAAAAAAAGUUCACUCAAAAUCAUCUUUGAAUGGCCAAUGUAAUGUGGAGGGAUAUAAUAUCUGUAAGCUAGUUUACCAUUUGUUGUUUUUUGUUGUUGUAGGUUUUUUUGUAGUUUGACCAUUUUUUAUAGAGAAUUUAGAUUUUGUAUAUUGUUUUUUUAUAUGUGUACAGUAGGGUCCAAAAGUACGGAGCACCUAGAGGGACCAAUUAAAAGGAAAAAAAUAUGAGGAGGCAAAAUUAUAUGCCAAUACUUGUGUGUUCUCUGACAAAUAUUUUGCAUUCCCCCAAGAAACUUUGCGUUCACUUGCAAAGAACUAAAAAGUUUUCUCAGGUGAAUGCAAAGGUUUUGAAAAUAAACACUUCCUGGGGUAGUAUUUUUUUUUUCCUCCCAUCCCAUAUUUUUUCAUCCACUAUGUCCUUCAGGGGAGUUGUAAUUGUUGUAUUAACCAUUUACAAUCAUUGACUGCUCAGCGAAAGUCUGUAUCGAGGGUGCAUAUCAGCCGCAAAGGGGGCGCUCAUGAGCACCCUUCUGAAACCUAAAAUAACAAAUGGGACACUCUAGAGUUUUGUGGACUUAAAGGGUUAGUUCACCCACAAAUGAAAAUAAUGUCAUUUAUUACUCACCCUCAUAUCGUUCUACACCCGUAAGACCUUCGUUCAUCUUCGGAACACAAAUUAAGAUAUUUUUUAUUAAAUCUGAUGGCUCAGUGAGGCCUGCAUAGACAGAAAUGGUACUUUUUCUCUCAAGAUUCAUAAAAGUGCUAAAAACAUAUUUAAAUCAGUUCAUUUGCAUUAUAAUGACUUUUUAACGAUAUCUAGUGAUGGCCGAUUUCAAAACACUGCUUUGGAGCGUUAUGAAUCUUUUGAGUCAAAUUAGUGAUUUGGAUCGCGUGUGUAAAAACCUGACUACGUGACUUUGGCACUCCAAACCACUGAUUUGAUUCGUAAAGCUCUGAAGCUUCAUGAAGCAGUGUUUUGAAAUCGGCCAUCACUAGAUAUUGUUAAAAAGUUGUUAUUUUGUUUUUUUUGGCCCACAAAAAAUAUUCUUGUCGUUUUAUAAUAUUAAGGUAGAACCAAUGUAGUCACAUAAACUGAUUUAAAUAUGUUUUUGGUACCUUUAUGGAUCUUGAGAGAGAAAGUACCAUUGCUGUCUAUGCAGACCUCGCUGAGCCAUCGGAUUUAAUCAAAAAUAUCUUAAUUUGUGUUCCGAAGAUGAACGAAGUUCUUAGGGGUGUAGAAUGACACGAGGGUGAGUAAUAAUUGACAUUAUUUUCAUUUUUUGGGUGAACUCACCCUUUAACGGACACAAGUCCACAAGACUGCAAGUGCACCUUAAGUGUGCCAUUUGGGACAGGGCCAUUUUGACAGAUUACAGAGCACUAGCUCUGACUGACCUGAGAAACAUUUUCCCUGAGAAUAUUUCUGCAAAUAUGAUGUGUGUCCAGUAUUUCUGUCAGCUGUUCAGAAUUAGUGUAUGUUUACAUGACAACAAUGUACUAAUAACAGAGACGUUUUUACUUUGCUUUUUUCGCGUACAGACGACAUUGUCAAACCGAUCCCCACGGAUCCACAAAAAAGACAAAAAAAAAAAAAAGUAUUACACUGCCAGGCCAGUAGUUGGCAUUUUAUAAGAAACACUAUGCUACAAUAGACUUUAUAGACUGUAAUAUGCAUAUGCAUGAUGUCACCAUUUUCACAAAUUUGUGUUUUUGUAGUUUACAUGGAGACGAUAACAGUAUUGUUUUCAAAAACUUUGUUUGUAUUUUCAGGCCCAGAAAACGCUGUUGUCAUAUAGAUAAAUGACCAAAACACUUAAAAAGCUUUUGUUUUUAGUUUAAAAUGGUGCCCCCGUAGUGAUGAAAUUGAAUCAGUCAUGCUGUUGCUCAGUUUUGCAAAACGAUAUGAAUCAAUUCAUCAUUCAGAUUGGACUGCUUUCUCACUGAAUAGUUCUCUAGAAUAUAAUUGUGUGCUGUAAAAUAUAAUCUUCACUGCAAUUACUGGAAUAACCGAGCUUGUUAAUUAGAAAAUGGUGACCACAUACUAUUUGCUGUACAUCUGCCAAAUUUGCAGUGUAUCUUACUUCCAUGCUGUUCUGUCCUGUGUAAUCAAAUUGGUAAUGUUGAGUAAGUAAUCUGUUGAAUUGAAAGAAAUAUACACUACUUAUGUCUGCAUUUGAAUAAAAAAAAAAUGUUUAUCA